AUGAAUUUGAAUGAAAGUGGUGAAGCCAACCUUUCAAUACCAAUAGAUCUUCUAAUUCAGGAAAGUGAAACACCUUUACUUUCUUUAGUCAAAUUUGUUUAUGGUGGUUUAAUUGAAAAUAUCAUGACUCCUGGAUUCUUUGAUGAUGGUGCUAUACUUUACCCUACAAUUGAUAGUGUUGAACAAGUAAAUGACUUCAUUUUAUCUUUGAUUCCUGGUGAAGAACAAGUUUAUUUAAGUUCGGACAGUCCUUGCCAAUCCGAUGAUGAUCAAGAAAUUCAAGGAAUUCCAAAUCAUAGGAUUAAAUUGAAAGUUGGCAUACCAAUUAUGCUUUUAAGAAACAUUGAUCAAGCAAAUGGUCUGUGCAAUGGUACAAGGUUGCAAGUUAAUGAUUUGGGAAAGAAUGUUAUCUCUGCUACGAUUACAAUUGGUGCAGAUUACUUUAUUUUUUGGGUCCAUAUACAAAUUUUGGUGCACAUUACAGUUCAUGCAGAUUAG